GCUCAUCAGAUCGACUGAAGGUUGGGGCGAUAGGGUUUCUCUGUGAGUGAAUCACCGGAUGGGGGCGGGAGAAGGAGGGGGGGAAAUGGCGGCGGCUGCGAUAUCGCUGGACGGGGUUCGGGACAAGAACGUCAUGCAGCUGAAGAAGUUCAACACUGCCCUCUUCCCUGUCCGCUACAACGACAAAUACUACGCCGAUGCCCUCGCCUCCGGCGACUUCACCAGGCUCGCUUAUUUCAGUGACAUAUGUGUUGGUUCAAUUGCAUGUCGGCUUGAGAAGAAGGAAGGAGGGGCCAUCUGUGUUUAUAUUAUGACCCUAGGUGUUUUGGCACCAUACCGUGGGCUUGGAGUUGGUACAAAGCUGUUGAAUCAUGUACUGGACUUGUCACACAAGCAGAAUAUUUGGGAGAUCUACUUGCAUGUGCAGACAAACAAUGACGAUGCAAUUGCCUUCUAUAAAAAGUUUGGAUUUGAAAUCACAGACACCAUACGGAAUUAUUAUAUGAACAUCAGUCCACCCGAUUGUUACGUGCUCGGUAAAGUCAUUGCCCAACCUCACGCAAAAAAAUGAUCCUUGGUGUGCCAUCUCUGGACCUGACAACAAAUGGCUUUCAGCCUAUGAAAUAUUAUUCCGAGAGUGUGUUGGUGGCUUAUCCUAAUUUCUUUUGGAGGCGGCGGAAGACUUUCCUGGUGAGUCUUCCAUGCAGGACUGACUAUAUGUUGUUGGCACAAGGCUUCGACGACUUGUUGGUGUGAAAAGGCCAUUGACUUGUUGGUCUGCUUUAACUUGGUUUUUUUGGCAACAGGAACACCCUCAUGAUAGAGUUUGUUCAAUGGUAUUUGAUUCUGACUUUUUUUUUUUCUUCUUCCAAAUUAGUUGCAAUAUCGAAUGAACCCUAGUUUUAUUUUAUACUUGUAUUGGAGUGAAAUGAUUUAUAAAUUUUGCUCCAAGCAUGAACAAUCAAUCUAAUCGAAUGGUGACUUAAAGCCUAA